AUGAACCACGAAAAUUUAUGGCAUGUUCAAAGCUUCCCAUUAGGCAUUAAAACUGAGAAAACUAAAGAUUGGCUCCAUUGCCUUUCUUCUUACUUUUCAAGAAAGCAAAAAGAUUCCCAGAAAAAGACGGCGCACUACAAAGAAGAACUUCAAAUUAUAAAAAAUAAAUAUUGCCGAAAAACAAUCAACCAAGAUUUGAAUGAAAAGCAAAAACAGAUUCUGCGAGUUGACGGGGUAAAGUAUACUGACGUUGUUUAUUUGACUGAAAGAUAUCCACUCACUUCAUCCCACCACGAUUGA